CUGGAAGAUCAGUUGAUUUUGAAGUGCAGACGAGUAAGUGACUUUUCCAAUUGCGGCGUCUCAGCGACACUAUGAAGUGUCUGAAAUUCACAUCGUGGUCUGCGUUGAGCAGCUUUUAUUUACUUCUAUUUUCAAUUGUAAUCACAACAGAAUCAAAAUUUUACUCCGCAUCUGUGGCACGUCAGUCGCUCAUCACUGAUUUGUUCGUUAAUUACAAUGCACUCGUUAAGCCCACCGGCGAGGGUCAACGCAUUGAUGUGCAUACAAACUUAGUGUUAGAACAUUUUGACUUUCGAGAGUCGGAUGGAUCAGUUCAUUUUGUGGGACUUUUGAAUGUGCUUUGGCAAGAUCCGAAAUUAGGUUGGAACCCGCGCGAUUACAAUAAUCUAACUCGCAUACCAGUUCGUCAAAAAUUGAUUUGGGUGCCAGACUUAGAGGUUUACAACAAUGCGCCCGAUAAGUUUCUACGAAUGCACCAUCACGGCACCGUCAUAUUGGCACACACUGGCAUGGUACUCUGGAGCGAUAACGUUGAUAUGAAUGUUUUUUGCAGCACAAACAUGAAUAAUUGGCCACAUGAUAGACAUGAGUGUAAACUGAAUCUCGGUUCGUGGACUUAUGAUGGUUUCGAAUUGGACUUUAAAAAUUAUACGAACCCCAAUGACAGCAUGAGUUUUGAGGAUAAGUAUAUGGCGAGUAUGAAAUAUAAGGUGACUGAUUUCAGUGUGGAACGUGUAGCGACUGUCUACUCUUGUUGUGCCGAGCCAUAUAUUGUUAUGGAGUAUCAUCUAAGUUUUGAGCGACGUUGUGCCUUUGUUACCGUAUUUCGAGCGCUGGGUUCAACGGUUAUAUUACUGUCAAUGCUUACAUUAUGUUUUGAGACGAGCCAUCAUUCGAAAAUAUGUCUCAAUGGAUUGAAUUUGAUCAUAAUAACGUUCGUUUUGCUAUAUUUUGCUCAAAAUGUGGGUAAAUUCGCGCGUACUACACCUUACAUUGCGAAAUUCUUCAGUUGCAGCUACAUUUUGGUUACAAUCCAACAGCUUCUUACCGUCUUUUCAAUAUUCGCCACACAUGCUUCGUAUCGCGGCAAACUACAUCCCACUAUAUCUAACUUGCUCCGGCACUCAUUUGUUUCUUAUAUCACACCAAAGAGAAAAAUGCUUCUUGCUCAGCCUGAAACUUGCGACGUGAACGCUCAAUUUGAGGAUGUGACAUUGCAGGAGUUUAGUAAUUUGAUAUCUGCCGACGAAACACCUUAUGAAUGGAUGCAGUUUGCGAGCUUUAUGGAGAGUUUUGCAGUUAUUAUAUUUAGCAUUAUAUAUCUCAUUUUAGCUACUGUUUGUUUCGUUUAACCAAUGUCAACUUAGGUAUUACAUACAUACAUAAGUAUGUAUAUAUCUAUAAAUUCAAAUCAUUAACUAGAGAAUAUUCCAGUUAAAUAAAAAACGUUGAAAUAUGAUA